GCCAGCACAAGAAUGAACAAAACCCGCUAGUUUGCUGUAUUUAUACUCACGAUAUCACGUGACCACAUUGGACGGUUCUAACCAGUUGGAAUAGUCCAUUUUCAACAGUUACCAAUGGAUUAAUUGACAACCCUAUCAAAAAAGAUAUGGAUGAGGUGUGUAAUGAAAUUAAGGUAGAGUCAGAAGAUGGGGAAAGCUUCUUCAUAACCUUGAACACAGAUGAAAUCAAAAUUGAACCCAAUCAAGGAAGAAGUGAAUUUGUCCUUGAAGAAGACAAUGUCCUAAUGCUUGAUCCCAGUAGUGGGCUGACCAUCAAGGCUAAUGGACCUCAAAAUUUCUGUGAUGAAUAUGCAACCGAUAUAAAAUUUGAGGUGGAAACUGAAAAAAGGCAAGUAGAAGUUGAACAAAAUGUGAACAAACCCUCCGGCCACAGUUUAGACAGAAGCCAAUCUAUGGAUAUAGAGUCAGGCGAUGAGGAUGAGGAAGAUGCUGGAGCAUUGGGCAAUGUCUUGCAGUUUGCUAAUCAGCAUUGCUCUGGUGUGGCGGAAAUGACUGAUGAUGAUUUGAACAAGAUGAGUGCAGAAGAACUGCAGGAUUUGAUGGCUGAUGUAGAUUAUCAGAUGUCUAUGAUUGAUUCUGUGAGCAAGAGUUUUGAAACUAUGAUUCAAAGCUGUGAGAAUGAUGAAAAAGAACUAACUAUAUUACAUACUACCACUAGUUGUAAGCUACAGGUUGAUGGAGAUGCACAGCAAUUUCCAGAGAAAACUGCUGGUAUCAGCACAGGAAAGGCAGCAAGUAAUGUUGAUCUUUCAAAUCAAAAUAAAACACCAUGCUUUUGCUUUGUCUGUGGAGUUAACAGAUAUAAAAGCAAUGAACAUCUAUGUCCUCUCUGUUUCACUAAAGAAAAGUAUGAUAUCAUGGAUUACAGACUGAUUUCAGAGUUUUAUUCAAGUUAUGGUUUUGAAUCGGGACAGUCAUAUUUUAAUUCUACAGUUAGUCCUCCCUCUGGGCAACAUGAUAUCUUAGAGCUGUUUCUCUAUGUAUUUAUGAAAUUUUGCAACCAAAAGAAUUUGAAGAAAAUCCACUGUUGUUUUUGUGGAGACGAUCUAACGAAUAUUUCGGAAAUAGUGACUCAUAUAGUAAAAUUUCAUGCCAAUCUCACAUCACACUUAUGUAGUCCUGAAAUAUUCAAGCCCACCAACCCAGCUCAUCUAUGUGUGCUGUGCUCAUCAAUGUAUUCCAUGAAAAUUGAAAUCAUCUGCCACUACCGUUAUGAACAUCAUGUCACCGAUAAAAAACAGAUAACUCUCUUCUCAGACAUUGCGAACAAGUACGAACUUACUGAAAGAUCUUACAAAUGCUUACCCUGUACAACAGAAGGCAAAAUAACUUUGUCAAAAUCAAAGGAAUUGCAUACAUUUCACUUGCGCAAGGCUCAUCUUCAGAUUGAAAGAACAACUAGGGUUUUGAACGGUAGACAAAAAAGUGUGCCUCAAAUGGUUUCACAAAACAAUGUUCCAUAUAUAAAUCAAACUCCAUCCACUGCAGGUACUAGUUAUUCAAGCAUAGUGCCACCAAAUGCUGGUUGUUUACCGGGCAUAACUGGUAAGCCGAGGAAUAACGGCUGUAAAACGAAACUUGUCUGUGAAAUCUGUUACCUCAGAUUUGAAAAGUUGAAAGAUCUUCAAAAACAUAUUCAUGUGGCGCACAGCAGAUUGAUACUGUUUUGAAAUUCAAUGAAAGUACUGGUACAUGUAUCUGUUUCUGUAUUAAUUCAAUUUUAGGCUUAAAGGGUAAAGAUUCGAUCAGACUAUUAAUUGAUGAAGUUAAGACUGAAUUUUACGUGUUUUCAAAAUCAAUGUUUGUUAUACUAUAUAAUAUAUAAUUGGAACAUGUAUAUUUUCUUAUUCUGUUAAAUAUCUGUUUCCAUCCAAUGUUAGUUGAUGUGCAUAAUACAUGUGCAUUUGGAGCUAAAAGGUUAAGUUUAUUAUAAAAUGAAUGAGUUACUUGUAUGUACAUAUAUGUUGUGGAACCCUUUAUGUGAACAAUUAGAAUAUUUAUAGUUUUAUAUUUGUAUAUGCACCAGUAUAUACAUGUUAAAAUGUAGGAUGCUUAUGGAUGUGUGUCACUAAGAUUGAAUUAUGUUAAAAACAAAAUAACCAAAGCAUUUUUAAAUUGCAGUGAAAGUUAAGUCAAGUUUAAAAGUAAUUUUUUAGCUCAUCUUUUUUAAAAAGAAAAGUCUAAUUGUCAUAGCCCUGGCAUCAUUGCAUCCAUGUUGGCGUGCAUUAACUUUAACCUUGGUCAUAAGUUGAGAUCAAUAAUGCCAAUUUAUCCACAUGUUGCCAGAGACUGGACAUGGAUGUAUUGCAUGGCCGAAGAGGUACCUUUAAUAAAAAAGAAAUGCAAAAACUUUAACCUUUACACUCCUCAAAGAAACAUUUAAAUUAUUAAAAAAACUGGUAAGAUAAAAUGCACACAUGUUUAGCAAGGUCAAUAACUGAUUUUAAUAAUUGUCCCUUUUUCAAAAAGAAAACUGAUGAGAUUUGUUAAAUUGAAUAAUAAUUAAAUGCUGAAUGUUUAACAGUUAUUUUAGUUAGAAUUUUGUUUUAUAUUUCGUAUCUUAUAUAUGUGAGUGUCCAGUUCAAAUGUACAAUUAACUAAAGUAAGAUACUGUGUCCAGUUAUGUGAAGGAGGUACGAAACUUGUAAGUGAGGUUAACAUACACUCAACUGCCUGAAAUUGAUCUUUACUUGUACCAAAACACUACCUUUGGUCGGCAAUUUUUGUUGGCAUGCCUUUAUGAAAUUUAAUCUGUUUUUUUGUUGUCUGUUCAAAAAGUACCUUUUUUGCCCCAAGAAGUCUGAUUUUUAUUUAAGUAUGCAUUUCCAACUUAAAUAUUGUGUCUUGAGAUUGUUUAGCAUAUGAUUGUUGUUGAAGUGUCUAUAGAUUUGUUGAAAUUUGCAAAGUACCGGUAAAUGAAUUUAAGGUACUGUGUACUACACAUGUAGCUGGAUUUUGCUCAAGAAUUUUUUUGUACCGCGACUCAAAUCCAGACAAGUAACAAUGAUUCAUGGUUGAAAUUUCAUGCAAGUAUUACAUUUAUUGAGGGAUUAAUAUGGCAUUAUUUGAUGUAGUUAUGAAUGAAAAGUUUGCUUACUUUCUGUUUUUUGAGUUUCUGGCUGUCUCUUUUUGACUUGAUCAUCUGAUGUUCAAACCGAUGUUCAAUCUUAUAGUCGAAUGCAUAAAUAUUGAGAAACCAA